CCACAAAUUUGAAUAAUCAUAAUUGUCACUAACUCUUUGACUGAUUGAUUAAUUGAUUUGUUGACGCUGGUUUCGUCGCUAAUAUCAUUCGAAUAUCAACCGAAUUGAAUGAUUUUUACGAAUUCUGUGAUUAUCAAUUAUCAUCAUCAUUCGUUAACUGUUUUAUCAUCAAGGUUUUUUUCUUUUUCGAUUGUCUUAUAUAUAAUGUAUUCGUAAAUGUCAAAUCAAAACGAUAAUAAUAAUAAUAAUCGAUCCAAAAUGAAAUUAUCUCAUCAUUAUCAUCAUAAUUAUAGCCACCAUCACCAUCAUCAUGGUGGCUAUAGAUAUUGGCUAAUGAUAAUUAAAUGCCUUGCUAUUAUUUCAUUGUUAAUAUUUGUCGAAUCUUCAUUAGCGUUUAGCAAGGUUCCAAGAUUUGAUCUCAACAAACCUGAAGAUGGUUUUCAUGCUAUCGUCAAAGAAAAUGAUCGUACAGUAAUCAUUUCACCAAGGAUUAAAGUUGUCGAUGCUGAAUUAUGUAAUAUUGAAAUUGUAAACAAACAUCAUAAUGAUAUACCAUUCGAAAUACAGAUUACCGAUCAGCUUAAUGGUGAAGCUAUCAUUAUCGCUAAACGCGAUCUUAACUGUGAGAAAAAACGUUCUUAUCAUUUUACAAUGCGAGCUGUAUCAUGUACUGGACAAUAUUCAGCCAACACUACUGUACACGUAACAGUUGAAGAUGUUAACGAAUUUGCACCGGUUUUUCGACAAGAUUCUUAUGUUGUUACAGUAAAUGAAGGACGUAUUAUUGAUCCAAUAAUACAAGUAGAAGCAAUCGAUCAUGAUUGUAGUCUAAAAUAUAGUGAAAUUUGCAAAUAUGAAAUUAUUGGCGGUGACAAACUAAACACACCAUUUACAAUUGAUUCAAAUGGAAAUAUCAAAAAUACAAGAGCAUUGUAUUAUAAAGAAUCACAUAAUCAUAUUCUUGAGAUUGUUGCUUAUGAUUGUGGAAUGAAACGAUCGAAACCUGCCAUUGUUAACAUUAAAAUUAACAAAGUAUGCACAUUAGGUUGGAAAGGUAUACCUGAACGUAUGGAAUAUAUACCAGGAUCUGGUUCAAGAGUUUUGGUUCCGGAUGCUGAAUUACAGUUGUGUGAUUUUCCAUGCGAAACUGAAAAUGUUACUGUUCGUAUGUCAUUGGCUACACAUCAUAUUGGUAAAGGUUGUGAUCGUGAUACUUAUUCAGUUGAAUCUCAAAGAAAACUUUGUGGAGCUACUGUAGAAAGUAUCGAUCUACUUCCAUCACCAACAACCGGUUCAGAAUGGAUACGUGAUUUACCUACUGACGAAGGUCGUGAAAGUGAUCAAAUUUAUGAAUUUGAUGGUACCAAUAAUGCUGUUAUUGUUCCUGAAAAUGUUUUCGAUCAUAAUUUGACUAGUAAAUUUACAAUUUCUUUUUGGAUGAAACAUGAACCACCAUUAGAUCAAUCGAAUAAACACAUUAAAGAGCACAUUAUUUGUAAUGCAGAUGAUCAUAAAAAAAAUCGCCACCACUAUUCUUUAUUUGUUCGCAAUUGUCGUUUGAUAUUAUUGCUUCGUAGAGAAUUUGAUGAAGAAAAACAUACUGUUUUCAAACCAGCUGAAUAUCGAUGGAAAUUGGCACAAGCUUGUGACAAUGAAUGGCAUCAUUUUGCAGUCAGUAUGGAUUUUCCGGAUGCAACACUUUUUGUUGAUGGUAUAAGAUUUCAUAAUAGUUCAUCUAAUCCAGAAAUUGUUGAUGAUUGGCCACUUCAUGCUGUAAAAGAUGUCAAAACAACAUUUAGUGUUGGUGCAUGUUGGGAGGGUAAAAAAUCGAAAAUGAAUUUUCAUUUUAGAGGAUUUCUUGCCGGAUUAACAUUACUAAGAGGACAGACAGAAAAUGCAGACAUUUUUAAAUGUCUUCAUCAUUGCAAAGAAGGAUUACGACAACCAAGUUCAGAUUCAAUUGAUACUGGUAUUGAUAUUCUUUCAAGUGGUGAUUCUACUUCAAUUAUGGUUACAGGAAAAGAAUCGAUCGAUGUUGAAGAUGUUGUUUCACAAAUUUCUUAUAUUAAUUCAAGAGAAUAUCCAACACCUGGUAGACGUAGCUUAAAGAUUUCCACCUGGGUGACAUGUUCUAAUGGUAAAAAGAUAAAAGUUCCACAAGUGGACACCUACGUUAUGGUAAUGCCUGCCGAUCCUCCAAUCAUUCUGAUUAAUGGAACACCUAAUUUGGCUCGUGAAUAUGAAUCAUUUAUGCAAGGAAUUGAAUUAUUUUCAUCUGUUUCCAUAUAUAUCAAUCAGGAAAAUGAAAAUGAAAAUAAUGAAUCGGAUAAUGAUAUUAAUGAAGAUAAUAAUGAUGAUGAUGAAAUGAAUAAUGUUCCACCAAGUAUAGCAAAACUUAUUGGUGAACAUAAAUUAGAUAGUUGUAGUAUUAAAGUCUAUCCACCAUUAAAUCCGGAUCAUGAAUACUUUAGACUACCGAAUCAAAUGAUGUUAAAUCUUAAUAUUCGAUAUAAAGAAACAAAAGAUGGAAUAAUUAUCUAUGGCGCGGAUUCUGUUCAUAAUUACAACCAAAUAAUUCGACAACUAAUAUAUUUUAAUCGAAAACCGGCAUAUUAUCUGAAUCGAGCAUUUAAGCUGACAUGUUCAGAAUUAAAUAGACGUUUUAGUAGUAAUGAUUAUAUACAAACAUUGACCGUAAUACAUCCAAAAAUUGAACCAAUGGAAUCUAGAUCAUCAUCAUCAUCAUCAUCAUCCGCAUCAGCAUCAGCAAGUGGUAUUGGUGUACAAACAUUUGCAGCACAUUCUCAUAUCAAUGAACAUAAGGUCGAAUUAAAAGAACCACUUAUCAAAAGUACAGCUCAUUUUUUCGAUAAUAGCAUCACAGUUGAUCCUAAUGAUAGUUUUGUUCGAGCAACACCAAGUCACGCAGUCACCAUUAUAAUUGUAGUUUGUGUAGGAUUUCUUGUUUUUAUGAUUGUUUUGGGCGUCAUACGGAUUCGAUCGGCUCAUCAUCGUAAUAAUGAUUCAACAACCGAAGAUCAAGAAAUGGCAUGGGACGAUAAUUCAUUGAAUAUUACUGUUAAUCCUCUUGAUCAAAUUGAACAAGAAAAUGAAAAUCCACAAUUAAACGAUGAUGAUGAUGAUAGCGAUAGUUCGGAUGAUGCAAGCAGUUAUCAUGAAGAUUGUGAAACAAGUGAAGAAGAAGUGGACAAAACUAAUAAAAACCGUUCAGAAUUAGAAUGGGAUGAUGCUAAUUUCUAGUUUUUUUCAACAACAGAAAAAAAAUCAAAUUUUCAACAACCAUCGAGCAUAAACAGCCUCUCUUCAUUUUUAACACAU